UGGAGAAGCAUAAUCUCCGCUAUACCGUUUUUGUCGGGGAUGGAGACAGUUCCACACACAAGAACAUCAAGGACAUCUAUGGGCAAGACCAUCCCCUAGAGAAACAUGAGUGCAUUACUCAUGUUCAGAAGCGAAUGGGUAGUGAGCUUCGGUCACUGAUCCUUGCACACAAGUCAACAAGUGUGAUUCCUUCUGCUAGCGGCAAGUGGAAAGGAAUCAAAGGAUCACGUGGCCUGACAGCAAAGAUGAUCGACCAGAUGCAGAAUUAUUACGGGAAGGCGAUCCGUGACAACCUGGGCAACAAGCCCAAGAUGAUCCGUGCCAUCAACGCCAUCUAUGGUCAUUUCUCUAAUGACCAUCAGCACUGUCCUGAAGGUGAGGACACGUGGUGCAAAUACAACAGCCAGAAUCCUGAGUAUCAUCGCAAGUACAAGGAGAAGGACAUCGCACCAGAGGUUUUGGCCCUGUUGGAGCCAAGCCGUCAACGCCUCACUGAUCCUGAUCUACUAGAGAAGGUGCAAAGGGGGGAAACUCAGAAUCCCAAUGAGGCACUUCAUAGCGUGAUAUGGAAGCGAGUCCAAAACACCUCUUUAGCUCCUUUCAGCUGAUCAGAAUCGCAACAGCUCUGGCCGUGAUCCAGAGGAAUGCAGGCAAUCUGGGUCUCUUGAGAGUUCUAGAGGCAAUGAAUAUCACAGACAACACGGUGUCUCGUUGUGCCCUAGAACGUCUCGAUCAGAAGAAGGAAGCAGGACUAGCAUACAAGGAGAAACCGGAAGUGAAGAAGCGGAGGCAGGUCCUUCGUGGAAACCGCAAGAAGCGCCAGGAUCAUGCGGAACAGACUG